AUGACAAGGAGUAAGAGGUUUGUGGAGGCGGAGGAUGAGGACAGUGGUUUCGUGCCCAAGAAGAAAGCUGUUGAAAAGAAAGGUACUGAUGAUAAGAAAGGUGAUGUGAGAGGGGUCUUUGUGGGGCUCUAUUUUUUUAUUGGAGAAGUUCUACUUGUUAGUAGACCACUUAUUUAUGUUUUAUUUAUUGGAAAAUAUGGUAUUCGAUCAUGGACCCCUUGGUUCCUUUUGCUGGCUAUUGAUUGCAUAGGAAACAGUAUUCUUUCACUCAUUACAUCGUUAGUGGCUGGUGGGAAGGACCGAAUGUUUCAUCUGUCUGCCCCAGAAAAGGAUGAGGUUAAACGGCGAAAGCUACUAUUUGUUCUUUACCUAAUGAGAGAUCCAUUUUUCAGCAAGUAUACUAGGCAAAGAAUUGAAAGCACGGAGAAAGUUUUGGAGCCUAUUCCUGUCAUAGGAUUUCUCACAGCAAAACUUGUUGAACUUAUAAUUGGAGCUCAAACACGAUACACUUACAUGUCAGGAUCGUGAAUAAAAUCCAGAACAAAUGCCUAAUUGCCCUCCAAGAUUUUGGAAAGAUAGAUAUUCUU